AUUUAAGGAUGAUGAAAAAUACUUCACUUUUGAAAUAAUCAAACACCAUUUUUAAUCUUUAUAAUAACUCUGACGUUGAAGACAUCAACAAACACCUUUAAUUACAUAUAAUAGUUUAUGGAAUUUCUCUUCUUCUUCUUGAAAUAUAUUAUUUAAUUGGAAAUAGUUCAAUCCCUCUGUCUCUUCUUCUGGAGUCUUGGACCCAACCCCAUCAUUCCAGAAAUGACCGGCUAAAGUCAAGAACCUCUCUCUGAGCUCUCACCACUUUCUCUCUCUACUCCCUCUCUGCGUGUAGGAUACUACUAGACAAUUGACAACCAAAGACUAAAGCUGUGUUGUUGGUUCACUUCUGUUCUCUUUUCCAAUGUUGUCAUCAGCUAAGCAUCAGAGAAACCAUAGACUCUCUGCUACAAACAAGAACCAGACUCUCACCAAAGUUUCUUCCAUUUCAUCCUCAUCACCAUCGUCUUCUUCUUCAUCAUCAUCAACCUCAUCAUCAUCUCCUUUACCUUCUCAAGACUCUCAAGCCCAGAAGAGAUCUCUUGUCACCAUGGAAGAAGUUUGGAAUGACAUCAACCUUGCUUCCAUCCACCACCUAAACCGACACAGCCCUCAUCCACAACACAACCACGAGCCAAGGUUCAGGGGCCAAAACCACCACAACCAAAACCCUAACUCAAUCUUCCAAGAUUUUCUCAAAGGAUCUUUGAACCAGGAACCAGCACCCACAAGCCAGACCACGGGUUCUGCGCCUAAUGGCGAUUCCACCACGGUCACUGUUCUUUACAGCUCUCCUUUUCCACCUCCUGCAACUGUUCUGAGCUUGAAUUCCGGCGCUGGCUUCGAGUUUCUCGAUAACCAAGAUCCUCUUGUUACCUCAAACUCUAAUCUUCAUACCCACCAUCACCUCUCAAACGCUCAUGCCUUCAACACCUCUUUCGAGGCUCUGGUUCCAUCCAGUUCUUUUGGUAAGAAAAGAGGCCAAGAUUCCAAUGAAGGUUCAGGGAAUAGAAGACAUAAGCGUAUGAUCAAGAACAGAGAAUCUGCAGCUCGUUCCCGCGCUAGGAAACAGGAAUGUGCCUCUCCUCUUCCCUCCUAAUCUUCUUCUACUCAUGUGUAUCAAAAAGGGAAGAAAAGAAAUGUGGUUUUGCCAUCAAAUUGCUUUUGAUCUAAAAAAAGGUCUCUUGGUUUUGAUUCUCAUUUGCAGGCUUAUACAAACGAGUUAGAACUUGAAGUUGCUCACUUGCAGGCAGAAAAUGCAAGACUCAAGAGACAACAAGAUCAGUUAAAAAUGGCUGCAGCAAUUCAGCAACCCAAAAAGAACACACUUCAACGGUCUUCCACAGCUCCAUUUUGAGAAAUCUACAAGUCCUUGUUUCUCUUUUGGGGAUUGAGAUUGUCUCAUGAAGAAGUGAAAAAAUGGCAAAAGUUUGUACCCUUUUUUAUUAGCUAUAAGUAUAACUAAGCCUAAAAUUGUAGAACUAAGAUAUUGUAGGGGAAAAAAGAAGAUGUAAAACAAAAGACCCGGAAAGAGAAAAGGAUCUUUCAAUUUCCUAAGGCACAGGAACACCUGUCCUGGGUCCUCUCUUAAUGUUCUGUCGUUUUCCUAUGCAAACCCUUUUUUCACUUCUGUACUAACUUCUACUUGUAUUCUUGUUGUAGUAAUGUUCUACUUCCUCUUCUAAUACUAGUAAGAAAAAAAACCUUAUGUUUUACUGUUUAACCAAUUUGGUUCUUAAAAGAAGCAAAGGAUCAAAUGACCAAUAGACAAAACAGUGCUCCACUUAAAUGAUGACAAUACCAGAGAAAAGUGAGAAGGGGACCUAUCACUGAACAUUUAAUUUUCUCCCUAUCACAUUAUCACAUA